CACAGAAAACAGGACACUAGCGGCCGUCGGACGAAUGUUUACCGAGCAGGCAUAGAGUGGUGGUGAGGAAAGUGACAGUCACACUGGAGGCUCGGUGUAUGGUGAAGCACAGGUGAUUUCAGCCUUCACGGUUGCAUUUUACAGCGGAAUGUUCACUCGAAGGGGGCAUGGAGACGUCAAGAAAUCUACACAGAAAGUUCUGGACCCAAAGAAGGAUGUACUGACCCGGCUCAAACACCUGCGGUCACUGUUAGACAUCAUUGACAAGAGUGAACUGAAGCCGUUCUUCGAAAGCAACUGUUCUCAGAUAUAUUUUAUCUUCUAUGAAAAUUUCAUUACACUGGAAAGCAACUUAAAACUAAAAGGGAACAAAUCACAAAGGGAGGAGCUGGACUCUAUCCUCUUUAUUUUUGAAAAAAUUCUGCAACAUCUGCCCGAGAAGAUCUACAACAGAUGGCAGUUUCACAGUAUAGGUUCUAUUCUGAAAAAGCUUCUACACACUGGAAAUUCCUUCAAGAUCCGCUGCGAGGGGAUCCGGCUCUUCCUGCUGUGGCUGCAGGCCCUGAGGGACAACUGUGCCGAGGAGCAGUUCCUUAUCUUCGCCUGUCUGGUGCCGGGAUUCCCCGCUGUGCCCUCCUCUAGAGGGCCCUGCACCCUUGACACCAUCAUUUACAACCCCUUCUCCAACCCCGCUGAUGCCAAAGUGGUUCCUGAGGAGAUUACUCCGCUGGUUCCGGCUGUGGUUGGAGAAAAAGUUGCAGAUGAUCAGACCUGUUAUAUCCUUGAGACUCUGCUCAAGUACAUGGUCAUCCAGGCAUCCAGUUUAGAAUGGAGGAACAAAGAGAACCAGGACACGGGCUUCAGGUUUCUCUUCAGCCUGUUCAAGAAGUACUACCUUCCACAUCUCUUCCCCUCCUUCACCAAGCUCACAAAUCUCUACAAGCCUUUAUUAGACCUCCCCCACCACAGACCCAAACCCUUGUAUGUGCCAGUGACGCGGAACAAUGAGAGCACCUUCUGCACCAGGGACCAGUACCUGUCCCCCCGCGUGGCCUUCAUCACCUGGCUGGUCACCUUCUUCCUGGAGAAGAAGUAUGUGAGCAGUGCUGCUGCGGCGCAGAGCGCCAAGAACGGCACCGAGGUCAUUCCCAAACUCAUCCAGACUGUCACUGCGGGCAGUAGCAGCCAGGAGAAGGAGAAGGAUAAGAUGUCAGACGGGGAUACUAACGGGCCAGCGGGGGAGCCAGAAAAGAGCCACUCGAACAGCAGCACGCUGUCAGACCGCCGGCACAGCGACUCCAGUUUGUGUAGCAUCGAGGAGGAGCACCGCUAUGUCUAUGACAUGGUGCACGCCAUCCUUCUAUCCACCAGGGACAAUGUGAAUUUUGUCAACGAGGUCUUCCACCAGGCCUUCCUGCUGCCGUCUUGUGAGGCAUCAGCAACCAGGAAGGUGAUUAAAGUGUACAGGAAGUGGAUCCUGCAGGAUAAGCCCAGCUUCAUGACGGAGCCUGAGGUACCGACUCCAGGAGAAGAGAUUGAUGGUCGACCUGAACAGAUACUCAGCUCAGAGGCUAACAGCAUGCACGUACAGUCGGCGGAGAGUCACGGCCACAGGCGCUCGUCCAGCUGGGGGAGGACUUACUCUUUCAGCAGCGCUAUCAGCCGGGGCUUCUUCACUGAGGCGCAGAAUAGGGACGUCAAGGCUGGCAUCCAGCCCACACUACAGGUGUUCCUGACCAACUCCUCCAAUGUUUUCCUGCUGGAGCCAUGCCAAGAUGUAGCAAAACUACUGGAUAACCAGGUGGAGGUGUGCAAGGGUGUUCUCAGUAUCUACCGGCACAUGAUCAUGGAGCACACGAUGAACACACAAACUUGGGAGCAGAUGCUGCAGGUACUGCUGAGGAUCACAGAGGCAGUGAUGAAGAGGCCACAGGAAAACCAAAGAAAAGACAACUUUGCUGAAAGUUUGGCAUCUAUACUUUUUAGGACCAUCAUCGUGGCGUGGGUGCGGGCCAACCUGUGCGUAUUUAUCUCCCGGGAGCUGUGGGACGAGCUGCUGGCAGUGCUGUCCUCUCUCACCUGCUGGGAGGAGCUGGUGACGGAGUGGGCCAGCAUCAUGGACUCGCUGACGGCUGUGCUGGCGCGCUCUGUUUACGGCCUGGACAUGGCCAGCCUGCCUCUGGACAAACUCAGCGAGCAGAAGGAGAAGAAGCAGAGAGGACGUGGUGUGCUCCAGGACUCCCAGAAGGCCGCAGCAGUGGCGCGUUCCUUUUCCCUGAGUCGGAGAAACCAAGGGGAGCAGGGUGUGCCGGGGGGCCAGGAGCCCAUGAGGAUUCGCUCCGCAACUACAUCAGGAGCCCCCGGUGUAGAGAAAGCCCUUUACAACGUCCGACAGAAGGCCUCCGACGUGGAUGAGGGUCAGCUGUCAGAGUGUGGGGGAGAGGAUGAGCUGGGAGGCGGGGAAAGCCCUCUGCCACGCAGCAGUAGCACCUCCGACAUCACCCAACAGCUCUCUGACACUUUACCAGCCCAGAAGAGAGAAAGCUCCCCUACUUCCUGUGGCUCUGAUAGCAGGACGUCUGAGGGGAAGAGAGAGGGCAACGAGCCACCAGUGAUCCUCAUCCAGCGCAGCAGCAGUCCAACGGAGACAGAGGUCAACGCUGAGGGACAAACAAAUCAAGCAAGACACAAGCUCAGAGAGAAAAGUGAGAGUGUGAGCAGUGAGACGUCCAACGGCUAUCUCAAUGAAGUUGAGGUCACCUGGCAGGCGUUUGAUGAGGAAGCGGACACUCAGUCCACACAGUCGGCACACAUGGAUGUGACAGCCGAUCCACAGAGCCAGGGGAGUCUGCUGCUCAGCCAUAAUGAGGCUCUAGCAGGUCCCGAGUGUCUCCUCCCUCCCCACUCUGCACCCCCGUCCUUCCACAACCACUACCAAAAUCCCCAGCACCCGCCCGCCUCCCCGGCCCUGCUGGUGCACACAGAGUGCCCGCGGGACUGCCCCAUGGACGACACCAUGCAUCAGUCUGUCUUACACAUGCCACACCACCUGGACAGUAGUGAGUGUCUGGCUGAUGACGUCAGCAUAAUUGCGGGUGGGACCCUGACUGGAUGGCAUGCUGACUCGGCCUUUGUCCUGUGGAGGAGGAUUUUGGGUAUCCUUGGAGAUGUCAACUGCAUCCGCUGCCCAAAAAUCCAUGCCAAGGUCUUCUACUGCCUUUAUGAGCUGUGGCAUAAGCUGGCCAAGAUCCGGGACAACCUCGGGAUUAGUGUGGACAACCAGUCGUCUCCUCCCCAGCCCGACUACAUUCCUCCUCUUCGAAUGCUGGCUUCCUGGCUCUUUAGGGCCACCAUGCUGCCAGCUGAGUACACGCCCGGGAAGCUGCAGGCGUACAAGCUGAUCUGUGAGAUGAUGACCCGGCACCAGGAUGUUCUCCCCAACAGUGACUUCUUGGUGCACCUCUACCACACCAUGCAUAAAGGCAUCACCAGCCACGACCAGGAUGUUUUGAACACCAUCAUCCGUUCCUGCUCUCCACGAUUCUUCUUCCUCGGCCUGCCAGGCUUCACCAUGCUCGUGGGAGAUUUCAUCUCUGCCGCUGCCCGCGUCCUCAGAUCUGACUCCGCAGAGGCUCCGAGGAUGGAGGCUCAGACAAUCCUGGGCUCCCUGGUGUGUUUCCCCAACCUCUACCUCCAGAUUCCUGUACUGCAACGUGUGCCUGGCUCUGAUGACAUCAUCGUAGGAAAUGAGGAUAUAAAGGAUUACCUGGUCAACAUCCUUCUAGAGAUGGCAACAAAGGAACACUGUGAAGGGGCCAGGUGCAUUGCUGUGUGCAGUCUGGGUCUGUGGGUAUGUGAGGAGCUGACACAGAAGAACAUCCACCACCAGGUCAAAGACGCCAUCAAUGUCCUGGGAGUAACACUAAAGUUUGGAAACAAAGCAGUGGCUCAAGUAGCCUGUGACGUGUUCCAGCUGCUCAUCUCUCACUGGGAACAUCUCCAGAGGUUGGAGCCCACUCUACCUAAGAAAAUCAUUGAGAUCUUUGUGGCCACAAUAGCCUUUUUGUUGCCGAGCGCAGAGCACUCAACAGUGGAGGCAGACAAAAAGUUGAUGGUUUCCUUGCUGCUCUGCCUCUUGGACUGGUGCAUGGCUGUUCCUUUGAGUCUGCUGCUGGAACCCAUCACCAUGCCUUCGCCGGAGGACCGCACAUCCCACAAGGCCCCGCUGCUGGACUACAUCUACAGGGUACUGCACUGCUGUGUGUCCGGCUCCACCCUGCACACCCAGCAGAGCCACUAUCUCCUCAGUCUGUCAGACCUGUCGCCCGACUAUGACCUCAUGUUGGGUCAGGUUAAGAGCUUCGAGCCACCACCCUCCCAGACAAACGCAGCGGACUUCGGCAACCUGCUCACAGUAGCUGAGGAAAAGCGUCGUCGGAACAUGGAGCUGAUUCCCCUGACAGCACGGAUGGUCAUGACCCACCUGGUGAACCAUCUGGGCCACCAUCCACUGAGCGGCGGCCCGGCCCUCCUCCACAGCCUCGUGAGCGAGAACCACGACAACCCGUAUGUGGAGUCAUCCGAGCUGUCGUCGGAGGUUUUCAAAAGCCCCAACCUCCAGCUGUUUGUGUUCAACGACAGCACGCUGGUGUCCUACCUGCAGAUCCCCGCCGAGACCCCCGCCGUCGGACAGCCCCCAAAAUCUUCAUCCCAAGUGCGUGUCAUCGUCCGGGACAUCUCGGGGAAGUACUCGUGGGAUGGUGCAAUCCUCUACUGCACCAACCAGGACGACUGUGAUGAUGCAGGUGUUUUUAAUGCAGUGGAUCGCCCUCUUUCCACCACCUCUCAUGUCCUUCACAACAGAAACCAGCCCAACACUCCGACAAAUGGGCCGUACAAAAAUCAUUGCUCCGUCUCGGACUCGCUAUCAGACUGUUGCGAGGAGGAACAGGUAGAUAUAUUGGACAUGCUUUUGGAGGACCUGGGCCACAGCAGCCCAGAAUGCCUGCCCGGACCACAGCUCAGGCUAAACCAGCCAGCACCCUCACCGCAUGGCAUGAACUUAGAACAAGAGAGCGCCAUCAUGGAGGCAAUCCUACGCCAGAUGCAGCAGGAGGAGGAGCAGGUCAGGAGGUGGGAUGCUGACUUGAGCUUUAAAGCCGCCUGCCAGAGUGAACCGGCCCACCAGGAAUCAAAAGCGCCUUUCUACUUCUGCCGGCUGCUGCUUAAUGACCUUGGCAUGAACUCUUGGGACCGCAGGAAAAGUUUCCAUUUGCUGAAGAAAAACUCCAAACUUUUAAGGGAAUUGAAGAACUUGGAUUCCAGGCAAUGUCGAGAAACACACAAGAUCGCUGUGUUCUACAUCGGAGAGGGCCAAGAGGACAAGUGCUCCAUCCUGUCUAACAGCGCGGGCAGCCAGGCCUACGAGGACUUUGUGUCAGGACUGGGAUGGGAGGUGGACCUGGCCACGCACUGCGGCUUUAUGGGAGGCCUCCAGAGGAAUGGCAGCACGGGUCUAACAGCUCCUUAUUAUGCUACCUCCACCGUGGAAGCCAUCUUCCACGUCUCCACUCGCAUGCCGUCUGACUCUGACUGCCUUACCAAAAAGCUACGUCACCUGGGAAACGAUGAGGUGCACAUAGUGUGGUCGGAGCACAGCAGGGACUACCGGCGUGGCAUCAUCCCGACUGACUUUGGAGACGUGCUGAUCAUCAUCUACCCCAUGAAGAACCACAUGUAUUUCAUCCAGAUCAUGAAGAAACCACAGGUUCCUUUCUUUGGGCCUUUGUUCAAUGGCGCCAUCAUCACAGGGACGCUUCUGCCCAGCUUGGUGCGGGCCACAUGUAUCAAUGCCAGCAGAGCUGUCAAGUCCCGGCUGACUCUCUACCAGAGCUUCUAUGAGGAGCGGGCGCUCUACCUGGAGGCCAUUGUUCAGAACCAUAGAGAGGUCAUGACCUUUGAAGAUUAUGCCUCACAGGUCUUCUCCCCGUCGCCUGGCUAUCCAAUGAGUGGGACAGCGUGCAGGCGUUGGCCGGGGAUGGUUUGGGACAUGGAGUACCCCUGGGCCAAACUGGACUAUUAAAAAUAUAAAGGUCCAAAAACUGUUUAUGGCGCAGGCUCCUUCACCGGCAGCACGAGCACAGAAUCCGGAAACAACGCAGGAACUACGGACCCUGUCGACCAGGUUUCUCCCACAAUGCCCCGCGCCACGAAGAACCGAGUGUCCGGAAAGCUCCGCAGAUCAGCCAGCGCUAUAAGCAAAUCCUCCAACUGAGCUCUUCAUUCCGUCCUCUUUUCCCCACCCGAGUGCAGCCUUUAAUCUUUCUCUCAAAGAACCUCGCACACCCAGCCGUGACUGCAAGUUUUCUCUUGGCGUGUACUGUUUUUCUUUGUUUUAUUUUGUGUCAUAUGAACAUGUAACUGGAGCAUAUUGCAAUUUUUUAAUUUAAGUGGCAAUCAUUGAUUUUCACUGAUACAUUUCUAUUUGUUGUGGUGUUUGACUGCUUAAUCGAGAUGGACAUGUGAAGCUAUUUAUGUUCACCCUGGUGGUUUCAGCAUAAGGAUCAGCGGCAUAGGAAGACUUGACUGAGAAGUCUUGAAAGGAACCUGUGAUGAAAAGAAAUGUCAUUUUUAUUCUCAUGUUUCUAGUGUUGUCUCUAUGCACUGGAGAGUUCUUACUAUAGUAAGGGAAAGGGAGACCGCUUCACCCUGUUUCUGCAUCUCAACUGUCUCGACACUUAAGGUGACAAAGCACUGAAGGACACCGCUGUAAAUCAUGCUAAAACUGCACAGAUGUUGGGAUCCAUUUAUAAAUUUCUUUUUUUACCUCCUGCCGCAACCUCUCUGCUGUGUCAAAGAUAGCCACUGGGGACAGGAAGUUGCUCUUUAGCACCGGUUUGGACCAUGUUCAUGGACUUCCAUACACUGAAAAAGGAAAAUGAUGCAUGGGGACAACCUCCCCAGCCCUAUCCGUACUCCCUGCACUACUACACAUACUUUCUGGGCCCCUGAGUCCCUGCAGUACGUGCAGUCAGGACGAUUUUUAAUUGUCUUCAACCCAGAGUGGACAAUCAAUGACGUCUUUUCUAACUGGAGCUUAAUAGAAAUUUGUUUGGGGUUGUGUUGUUUUUUUUACUCGUCUAAUUUUCAUUUUUAAAUGAAUUCCGAUGGAUUGUGUCAUGAUUUGAUUUAUGCAACUCUGCUGAAACGAGAAAAGACUGCGUUUGUAAUUGUUUUCUGAUGUCGUUAACUUGGGCUCAUGUCCGGUAAUUGAAUAAGUUCCUCCUGUCUCUUUCCUCCGCUAUCAGUUUCCCCUGUCCUGUGAAACUAAGGCAUCGACAUUCCAACGUUUGUUUUUUUGCACUGUCAUUGAUUUCCCUAGCAUUUGAAUGUUUCUCUUCGUUCUUGGAUGUAAAUUGCUUUAAAUUUUAUUCGCUAGAUUAAUAUUAGAAAAGGACUAUUUGAUGUUGUAUUGUAUUAUCUAUUCAUGUGCUGUUGUAGAGGAUAUAUGCCGCCAGAGCCUCAGGUGAAUCUUAAGUCCAUGCACUGGUGUGUGUGUGUGUGUGUGUGUGUGUGUGUGUGUGUGUGUGUGUGUGUGUGUGUGUGUGUGUGUGUGUGUGUGUGUGUGUGUGUGUGUGUGUGUGUGUGUGUGUGUGUGUGUGUGUGUGUGUGUGUGUGUGUGUGUGUGUGUGUGUGUGUGUGUGUGUGUGUGUGUGUGUGAGAGAGCGCUUCUCACAGUGCCUGUGUUAUGUCUGUCCUCUAACAUGCUGUCCGACACCAGCUCUCCUCCCCGUAAUCACAUUUUGGUUUCUCUUCUUCAUAGUGUGACACAACCCAUAGACACCCUGCAUCACUUCUCCAUCGUUAGUUAUCAGUCUUAAACAAAGCCCCCCAACCCCUCCCUCUAUGUGUCUCUAAAGGUCAACGUCUUGUGCUUCCCACAACAAAAACAACAGCAGAUGGAUCUGUGGGGUUCUCUCUUUUAGUCUUCAUUGCAGGUGGUGCAAUGCUCCGUCCCUGAAAAGGAAUCAAGUAGGCACCUCCUCUUUCCCAUGAGCCUCGCCCCUAACGUCACCUCCUGAGAGAGGGGUGGGUGCUCUGGGUUUAGGUGGCAUGCCUGAGCUGAACUCUAGCAGCCUUCCUAGCAACAGCCGGGCCGACGCUCACUUCUCCAACCUGCAUGCUCGGGGUAGUCAUGGCAGCCAGGUGUUCCACAUACACACACACACUCACACCCUCAGAGGGCUCCACCCAAGCUGUAACACUAUCCCCAUCUGUUGCACUACUAUGCCUUACCCCCCGACCCCAUCGCUCUCCUGUCUGUUGUCCUUCCUAACCUCACACGUCGCCUCCUUUUGUUUGUAUUAAAUCGUUUUUUUGGAAGAAUGUAUAAAUAUAGGCCUGGAUCACAUCUAUCUUUUUGUUAUUUCCCCCCCCCCCCCCCCUCCACACUUGAAGGAACCGCCCAGAAUGCUGAUCUUAAAGAUUGUAGUUUAUUAGCAGAUGUCUUUAGAAAGGGGUCUGUGCUCCCCCUUUGGUGGCUUAGUUGGCUGGAGAUGUUAGUUUUGGACCAAGAUAAGGAUUGUGUGUCUUAUAUACGUGAAGAAAAUGAACUAGUGUUAGCCCUAGUACGUUUUUUUCUCUCUUUCUUCUCGUUUUAGAAAAAUCCUUGUACAUUGUGUCAAAUUUGAAGGCUUGAGCGCCUUCUGAAUAUAAAUAUAUGAAUGCCUGUAAUAUAAUCUUUGUAUAAGAGAAAGAGGAAAAAAAGCUUGAAGAUUUCAUCAUUACUUGUCAACAUAUCAAACUGUUUUUAACGACCGAAGUCCUGCUAUCUUUAUUAGAAAUGUGAAAAUUGAAACAUUUCAUUAAAUCAAUUUGAAAUUCUA